AAUCAGGCACCCUUCAAGUUACCAGAAAAUGUUAAACUUUAUCGAUUAUGAAUCGUAAUUUACGCAAAAUAAAGCGCUUAAAAUCUUACUUAGGUAGACACCUACCUAAUCUGUGGGUAAGCCGCCGGCGCCCCACAGCUUCAGAGCAUGCUUUAAGCCCACAUCCCACAGAUCGUGCACAGAACACAAACAUAGUGCCGGCCGGGCCGAUCGCGAGCUCAGUCAUAUUGUUUUUACAUUAAUAAGUGCUAUUGCGUUGUUUUUAUUUAUAUCCAAGAAAUCAUCGCAGAAGAAACUACUUAACUUUAUUAAAUUUGGCAAAUGUCUAAUCAAGCGCAAUACGUGACAGCGGGAGUGGUAGCCGCUGGUGCCGCAGGUGCCGCAGGUGCCGCUUAUUUCGCCUAUCGGGCUUAUAGAGAGACGAAUAACACCAAGUUGCCGCGGCCGGAAGACUGGCGGCAUGUGGGCACACUCAAGGAACUCUAUGCGUACCCUAUAAAGUCAUGUGCAUCUGUGAAGCUAGAACGAGGCGAAUGCACCAGCUUGGGAUUAAAGAAUGGCUGGUUGAGGGAUAGAGUUCUGAUGGUAGUGGAUGAGAAAAACAACUUUUUAACUGCGAGGGCAUGCCCGGAAAUGGUUCUGGUGCGACCCACUGUGAGGAACUCCAUCCUCACGCUUAACCACCCAGAUGCGGCAGAACCCCUACAUAUAAAUUUAGCGGAGGUAAUUGCGCUACAAAAACCUCAGACUGCUAGGGUCUGGGGCGUUGAAGUUCCUGUUUUCGACUGUGGCUCGGAAGCCAGCAAGUGGUUGACCAGUGUUUUGGAUCACUCGGCGAAAAUUUAUAAACUGGUAUACUAUUCAUCGCAAACCAGCCGGGAGAUGAGGGGCUUAGGCACUGAACUAUAUAAACGAUUUAGAAAAGAAGACGCAAGUGCUUUAUCGGACGAGGUGCCAUUCAAUUUGAUCAACCAAGCAUCUCUCGAUGACUUGAAUGGACGAUUGCAAGAUUUGACGGUUUCCCCGUGCAACUUUAGACCGAACUUCGUUUUGUCAGGCACAGCCAAGCCCUACGAAGAAGACAACUGGAGAUUUAUCAAAAUCGGAGAAAAUGUAUUUGAAAUUCUCAAACCAUGCACAAGGUGCUUGCUGACCACUGUUGAUCCUGAAACUGGAGUACGCAAUGCAAAGACUGAACCUCUGGAGACACUAAGAAGCUAUCGAUUGAUCGAAGACCCAGUCCUCCGCAAAGCAGUUGGCAACUCGCCCAGGAUGGGUUUGCAAAUGGCGUUGCGGUCCGAAUCCGGACACCAGGUGGCACUGGGUGACCCGAUAUACAUCGCAUAGAAGAAUAAGGAUAAUAAAUAAUGCUUUAAAAUAAUCAAUAUCAUAUUUUUUUAAUUUUGAUGUCGUUUAUGGUAAGUUUUUUUUUUAAAAUAAAGAUUUUUUUCCGGACCUAAUUAAA